AUGACGCUUUCUUACCAAAAAAAGCACCCAGAUGAUCAUAUAGAUCCAGAACCUCCCGCGAAAAGACGCAGGUUUUUUGCAGACCCAGACGAACUUUCUUCAGACCCUGUCUCUCAUGACCAGUCCCCACUACCGCAGCCGAAACGGUUCUUUAAAGAUGAGGACGAUGUCGAGGAAGAAGAUGAAUACAAAGAUAAUUUUGGCGAAACACACGACGAUGAUCUUCCUGUAACAUCUCCGUCACGGCCACCGGCGCUCCAACAGGAGUCGUCUGUCUCCUUUGAUCAAGAGACAUUCGAAGCUUUCAUCGGGGACAAGGUCUCUACUGACGUCCUCUCGACCAUAAGAGACCACUGCGGAAACGAUCUCGAACGAGCGGUUAAUAUGUACUUUGAUGGAACAUACAAGAAAUUUGUGAAGAAGCCAUCAUGGAAAACACCCUUGAGGCCUACCUCUACCACCAGCUCCAGUCGGUCGCCAAGUGUCCCCAAUGAACGCAAGCCAAGUAUCAAGACAAGCCAGAGAAUGCCGAAACAACGAUAUAUAGGAGCGUUUGGUGUUGAAGGAUGGGCUACACGGAGCGGAGUUAACGUGUUGAAGCAUGGCGAUGCCGUGAAAAUCGAGCGACAAAAGUUACAGCCACCCCAAUCUGUCAGAGGGAAGGGAAAGACCGGACAAGUUACACCUUCACGAGGUUUUGCCGCCGCCGCUGCGAGGCGAGUCGAUGUAAUCGUGCGCUUCACCACCCAAAACGGAUCAGAAGUUGGACGGCUAGCGAAGGAGACAGCAAAUUGGGUUUCAGCUCUGAUCGACGAAAAGGUGUGCAAAUUCGAAGGAACUGUGGUUUACGCCCCUGAGAGAAUCCGAACGAACGACACGAUUUUUCUACAAUUGCGAUGCUCACUGCUUGACUCUGCCUUCUUCAGCCGCUCAUUCAAGCUCGCUGACGACCGAUCGGCUGCUUUCUUCGAACAAAACGAGACAAGCGAUGAGAAAACACUUCGACUGCGACAAGUCGCUCUGGUUAAAUUGUUUCAAGAGAUCAACUUACAGCCCACUAUGUCGAAUUCUGCUGCCGAAGAUGGCCGUAAGGGGCUACUCCAAGCUGCCGAGCAAGACGAACAGAAGCAGAAGGAGGCGAAGAAGGCCAAUGGGGACACAAAUAGAAACGGCAAGGAGGCCGACUCAUCCCAGUCAUCCGAGACCGAAGAAGGAGAAGAGCUGGAACAGGAUCAGCUCGAUGCACUUUACAAGAAGGCUCAGUCCUUCGAUUUCAGCACCCCUGAGGCGGAGCCAGCAGAUACCUUUGCUAUGACACUGCGAUCAUAUCAAAAACAAGCGCUACACUGGAUGAUGGCAAAAGAGAAGGACGAGAAAAGCAACCGGGAGCCAUCCAUGCAUCCUCUUUGGGAGGAGUACGAUUGGCCAUUGAAAGAUGUCGAUGAUAAGAAUGUACCUCAGGUUGAGGGGCAGCCAAAGUUCUACGUCAAUCCGUAUUCUGGCGACUUGUCCCUUGACUUCCCAGUUCAAGAACAACAUUGUCUUGGUGGUAUUCUUGCCGACGAAAUGGGUCUUGGCAAGACCAUCCAAAUGCUAAGCUUGGUACACACGCACAGGUCCGAGAUCGCACUUGAAGCUCGCCGAGCAGCUGUUGAGCUCUCGAGCGUGAAUCAGCUUACCAGACUGGGCAAGAACUCAGAAUCGGUGCUUGAUGCGCCUUGCACAACGUUGGUGAUUGCCCCCAUGUCGCUACUGUCGCAAUGGCAAAGUGAAGCGGUGAAGGCUUCCAAGGAUGGAACGAUGAAGAUUGAGUUAUACUACGGCAACGAGAAGUCAAGCAAUCUGCAGGCACUCUGCUGUGCUUCCAACGCGUCCAACGCUCCAGACCUAGUAAUUACCAGUUAUGGAGUUGUUCUAUCCGAAUUCAGUAGCAUAGCUGCCAGAAAGGGAGACAAGAGCUUUCACAACGGGCUCUUCUCCCUAAAGUUCUUCCGCAUUAUUAUCGACGAGGCACACCAUAUCAAGAACAGAUCAUCCAAGACUGCAAAGGCUUGCUAUGAAAUAUCAGCCUACCAUAGAUGGGCUUUGACGGGAACUCCCAUCGUCAACAAAUUAGAAGAUUUGUUUAGUCUUGUCAGAUUCCUAGGCGUGGAGCCUUGGAACAACUUUUCGUUCUGGCGAACGUUUAUUACUGUGCCAUUUGAAUCGGGAGACUUUAUGCGGGCCUUGGAUGUUGUGCAAACAGUGCUAGAGCCUCUCGUCCUACGACGUACAAAGGACAUGAAAACACCCGACGGCAAACCGCUUGUGCUCCUACCACCUAAGCAAGUCGAAAUUGUUGAUGUGGAGCUAUCGGAAACGGAAAGAGAUGUGUAUAGUUACAUCUUCAACAAAGCGAAACGAACGUUUUCGCAGAAUGUUGAAGCGGGUACUGUCAUGAAAGCCUUUACGACCAUCUUUGCACAGAUCCUGCGUCUUCGCCAAUCUUGCUGCCAUCCCAUUCUAGUCCGCAAUCGUGAUACUGUGGCAGAUGAAGAAGAAGCUGGAGCUGCUGCUGAUGCCGCUGCUGGACUGGCAGAUGAUAUGGAUCUCGAAUCGCUUAUCACUUCUUUCACGGCGGAGACGGAUGAGGCUUCGAAGGAGACCAACCAGACCUUCGGUGCUCAUGCCUUGGAACAGAUCCGUGAUGAGGCUGAGAAUGAAUGCCCUCUAUGUUUUGAAGAGCCGAUGAAUGAUCAGACCGUGACUGGGUGCUGGCACUCUGCAUGUAAAAAGUGCUUGCUUGAUUACAUCAAGCAUCAGAUUGGCAAGGGCGAAGUGCCUCGAUGUUUUAGUUGUCGAGAGCCCAUCAACAAACGUGACCUGUUUGAGGUCAUUCGACACGAUGAUGACCCUGAUAUGAUGAUGUCGAAGAAGCCUAAGAUCAGCCUGCAACGGGUUGGCGUCAAUGCUUCUUCAGCAAAGGUUGUUGCACUGAUGUCCGAGUUGCGGAAUCUGAGACGAGAACAUCCCAAGAUGAAGUCUGUGGUGUUCUCUCAGUUCACGUCUUUUCUUAGCCUUAUCGAGCCAGCUCUCACUCGUGCGAACAUCAAAUUCCUGCGACUUGACGGAUCCAUGGCCCAGAAAGCUCGAGCGGCUGUACUUAACGAGUUUACCGAGAGAAAGGGGUUCACGAUCCUGUUGCUAAGUUUGCGUGCAGGAGGUGUCGGGUUAAAUCUGACGACAGCUGGUCGAGUAUUCAUGAUGGAUCCCUGGUGGAGUUUUGCGGUCGAGGCUCAGGCCAUCGAUCGAGUACACAGAAUGGGACAAGAGUCGGAGGUACAAGUCAAGAGAUUUGUGGUCAAGGAAAGUGUGGAGGAGCGGAUGCUGAAGGUCCAGGAGCGGAAGAAGUUCAUUGCAACCUCUUUGGGCAUGAUGAGUGAUGAAGAGAAAAAGCUCCAACGUAUCGAAGAUAUCAAGGAGCUAUUGAGCUAA